AUGAGCGUCUACCAACCUCAUAUAAUCGCGGCUCCAAAUGAACAUAAAAUUCCUUUUCCUGUUCAUGUUAGUCUUUCUAAAGUGCAGUUUUGUCGCGAAUAUGGCUCGCGUCUGUUGGCUGCAUCAGGCUGGGAUGGCACUGUGCACAUAUACACCCUUGGCAAUAAUGGCCAUUCUGAGGAGAAGCGUUACUACUACCAUGGAAAACCGGUACUCGCGUUUACAUUUGCCGGUGGAAGUAGAAUUGCCAGUGGUGGGCUCGACCAAGUUGUAAAGUUAGUGGACAUUGAAACUGGACGAGAAUUAAACAUGGGAGCGCAUAGCAACGGUAUUCGCUGUAUGGAAUAUAACCCCCAGAGUGCUAUUGUAGUCUCUGGUGGAUGGGAUUCCACGGUUAAGCUGUGGGAUGCUCGUAGUACUGCUGCUGGUGGACCACUCCAGACCGUUGGUACAGGAGACCGUGUGUAUGCAAUGGAUGUUCUUGGAGAUAAGAUAGUUGUAGGCACAAGAGAUAGUUAUAGGAAGAUCCAUCUGCUCGAUAUGAGGAACCUAAGUGUGCCGGAGCAAGUUCGUGAUAGCCCGCUUAAGUAUCAAACUAGAUGUGCAGCGUUCUUUCCAAGUGGUGAUGCGUUUGUUGUGUCUUCAAUCGAGGGUCGUGUUGCAAUCGAGUAUGUAGAUCCUUCACCUGAAGAGCAAAAAAAGAAGUACGCCUUCAAAUGUCACAGGUCCGAAGAUGGCGUUGAAUGCAUAUAUCCAGUAAACGCCCUUGCGUUCCACCCUCUAAAUGGUACAUUUGCUACUGGUGGAUCGGAUUCUAUGGUGAAUUUAUGGGACCCGUUCAAUAGGAAGCGUCUGGUCCAACUUCACAGGUUCCAAACUACGAUCGUAUCGCUUUCAUUUAAUUUCGACGGAUCGCAAUUGGCUAUUGCAUCAUCCUUUGCCUUUGAAUAUGAACCAGCUCCGAAUCCAAUGCCGGAGAACACUGUAACGGUUAGGCAUAUCAGUGAUGCCGAAAGCAAACCCAAGUAA